AUGUGUGGUAUCAUUGCUUUGAUCCAGGCGAACCCGUCGUCUUCCGCCGCCGUCGACCUCCACGAGGCCCUCUACCUCCUCCAACACCGUGGUCAGGAUGCUGCUGGAAUUGCCACCUGCGCCGCCGGUGGGCGCAUAUACCAGUUGAAGUCGAACGGCAUGGUGGCCAAGGUGUUCCAGGAUGGUGCCAGAGUCGCGGAUCUCCCCGGCCCCAUGGGUAUCGGUCACCUGCGGUACCCUACGGCCGGAAGCAGUGCCAACGCCGAGGCCCAGCCGUUUUACGUGAACAGCCCCUAUGGUAUCUGUCUGGCCCACAACGGAAACCUGAUCAACGCCCCUGAGCUCAAGCGUUAUCUGGACCUUGAGGCUCACCGUCACAUCAACACCGACAGUGACAGCGAACUGAUGCUGAAUAUCUUCGCUGAUGAGCUGAGCGAGACUAAGAAGGCUCGGGUCAACACCGAGGAUGUCUUUGCCGCGCUCAGCCGGAUGUACCAGCGUUGCGAGGGCGGUUGGGCCUGCACUGCCAUGAUCGCAGGCUUCGGUCUGCUUGGUUUCCGUGACUCAUACGGUAUCCGCCCUCUGGUUUUGGGUUCCAGAGCUUCCCUGGAUGGUGACGGCACCGACUACAUGAUGGCAUCUGAGUCAGUGGCUCUGCACCAGCUGGGAUUCACCAACAUUCGCGAUAUCCAGCCCGGUGAGGCGGUCAUCAUCCCCAAGGGCGGAGAGCCCGUCUUCCGCCAGGUGGCCCCCAAGAAGGCCUACGCCCCGGAUAUCUUCGAGUAUGUGUACUUUGCGCGCCCCGAUUCCGUCAUCGACGGCAUCAGCGUGUACCGGAGUCGUCAGCGGAUGGGAGACCGUCUGGCCACUCGCAUUCUCGAUGUUCUGGGUCCGGAGGUCGUCAAGGAUAUCGACGUGGUCAUUCCCAUCCCCGAGACGUCUACGACAUCUGCGGCUGCGGUCGCGCGGUAUCUCGACAAGCCCUACUGCCAGGGCUUUGUCAAGAACCGCUACAUCUUCCGCACCUUCAUCAUGCCCGAGCAGAAGAUCCGCCAGAAGGGUGUCCGCCGCAAGCUGAACGCCAUGGAGGCCGAGUUCAAGGACCGAAAUGUCCUGUUGGUCGACGACAGCAUCGUGCGUGGUACCACGAGUCGCGAGAUUGUUACGAUGGCUCGGGAAGCCGGCGCGAAGAAGGUGUACUUUGCUAGCUGCUCUCCUGAAAUUACACACGCCCAUAUCUACGGUAUCGAUCUGGCCUCGCCGAGCGAGCUGGUGGCGCACAACCGCAAUGCGGAAGACAUUGCCAAGCACAUCGGGGCCGACAGUGUGAUCUACCAGACCCUGCCGGAUCUGAAGGGCGCCUGUGCCGAAAUCGCACGGGAGAACGGCCUUGAGGAGCCGCGCAACUUUGAGAUCGGUGUGUUCUGCGGCAACUACGUCACGCCCGUAUCAGACGGCUACUUUGACCACCUGGAGAAGGUGCGUGGAGAGGGACGGAAGAUCAAGGCGCUGGACCGUGCCAAGGAGGCUGUCACCCACGGAUUCGCCAGUGAGAAGGAUUUCCAGAUUGCCGCCAACGGUGUCAAGCUGGAUGCCAAGGGCAACAUUGUACCGGCAUCGUGUCCGGAUGAGUCCGAGGUGCCUCAGGUCAGCUUCAACCACACGCACCACGGCUCGCAACACCACCAAGAAGAGCCGCCCAAGGUCCGGGAUCGCAUGGACAUUAGCAUCCACAACAUGGGUGAUCACGCAUGA